CAACACUGAUGCCGACAAAAAUAACAGCUGCUCAUGACAACUCAAUAAUAAAAACAAAGGCCCGCCGGCUUUUUAAAUUGCUUCUUACUAUAUUUCCAAUUCAACUGACGAAGGAAGGCAAACCCGGAUAAAGAUGCGUCCCUGGCGAAAUCGUCACCUUUCAAUAGCGCUCCAUCUCAUCAUUUGGCUGACCAUAUUAGUAAUAUGUUGGAACAUUUUCCGCGCCGGCGACAAACCAAGAAAAGAUAAGGCUAAGGAUAAACCAACUGAAGUAUUAUGGUGGUCAAGUGCCAUGUCGUGGAGCUAUGAUGAAAUACGAACUUGUGGCAUACACAAAUGUCGAUUCACCAACAAUCGCCAGCGGUUGUCUCAAGCCAUGGCUGUACUUUUCUACGGCUCAAAUAUGAAAAUGCAUGAUUUUCCUUUGCCGCGUCUACCCCAACACAUUUGGGCUUUGCUGCAUGAGGAAUCACCUAGGAAUGUUCCAUUUGUGCCAUUCAAUGAAUUCCUAAGGCAUUUUAAUUACACAUCGACUUUUAGUCGGCACAGUGAUCUUCCCUUGACGACACAAUAUCUGCCCGGUGUUAGCGAAUUGACAACAAUGAAAUAUUUCAAUGAUUUUUAUACGAAAUCAUUUCAUUUCACACAUGUGAUUUUCCUGCAAAGUGACUGUGAUACCAUGUCCGGGCGAGAGGACUAUGUAAAGGAACUGAUUCGUCACAUUCGUGUGGAUUCUUAUGGAAAAUGUUUGCAUAAUAAAGAUUUGCCGCCGAGCCUGCAAGAGGAUUAUCUAAAUCGCAUGUAUUCCACUGAAUUGCUAAACUUCUUCAAACAUUACAAAUUUAUGAUUGCCAUUGAAAAUGGCAUUUGUAACGAUUAUAUUACUGAAAAAUUCUGGCGUCCUUUGGUUGCUGGUGUAAUACCAAUUUACUUUGGUUCUCCAACAAUCAAAGAUUGGCAACCACAAAACAAAUCGGCAAUUUAUGUUGACGAUUUUCCCAAUGCCGCUGCCCUGGCCGAGUAUCUUUUAUUUUUGGCCGACAAUCAAACGGAAUACGAUUCCUAUCGUCAACACAAACUAAAUAGCGCUAACAAUAUCGACAAUAAACGUUUAAUAGAAAAUAUAAUGACCCGUUAUUAUCAGAUUGAUGAAACUCAAAAGGAAGGUUCAUCGUUAUUUCAAAAGUUCGAAUGUGCAAUGUGCCAACGUUUGGCUAGUUCGGAGAAAUACAAGUCGGCUGAUGUAAGGCACUACGAGUGCCCCUUGCCACCGAUUCAUGCUCCAUUGUCGAACAAGCAGGAACCACAUCAUGCAGAAGAUUGGCGCUCCAUGAUGGAAGUCGGACGAUGUCAAGCUCAAUUGUUGGAUAACUUCUUUCAAGCCAAUCGGAGUUUCACACAAGAGCAAUUUGAGCAGAAAUUAUAUGAAUGUUAAUUUAUAAAAUUGAACCAAAUAUUCUACAAUCUAAGCGAUUUUUGAGUCGGUUAAUUUAACAAAUUCCACCAAAAUUAUGAUUUAAAAACUAUAAUGUUUCUUCUUUGUAAUUGUAAAUUUUAAUAUGUAAGAUAGUUAAAUAACUAUGUACAUAAAUCGAAUAUUUGCCUUAUGAGAAAUAACAUUAUUAUUAGGUGAUAUUAGACUUAAUUUUGUUUACUUAACACAAAUAUUCUUAAAUUUAAAACAGAGUUUUAAAUAGCUUUCACUACUUUUUUAUAAUAAGUAAAUGAUCGGUGUUAAAUCACAAUUGAAUGUGAAGACUUAAAAUCGUUCAAUGAUCUUAGGUAGUUGACAUUUAUAAAGUAAUAUUUAAAACCUGUAGAUAACAUUCAAUAAUAGUUUUUAAAACAAAAAUUUUUUCAACACAAUUUGUUAAGUGAAGUGAUUAGUGAUUGCAAGGCAUUCCUGUUUUUUAUUAAAUGAACGUGAUUGUUAACUGAAAUGAUUAUCAUUCCAUUGUUACAUAUUUGUCUGUUGCUGUUAUUGUGAUUUUUCUUUUUGUCAAAAUAUAAUUCCUAAGAAAAGCUUUAAUAUAAUUAAGUUUAAGUAAAAAGGCCAAAAAGAUGUUAAUUUUUGUAUAUGCCUUAACUACAUUGCCAAUGGCAUUAAAUUAAGAACAUUAUUUAGUCACACCUUUCUUUGAUUCUAAAAACAAGAGUAUUUACUAAAUUGUACAAAAGACACUUAUAGGUAUAACUAAAAAUUUUUCCACAAGAGAAAGGAAGAAUGAGCUAUCUCAUACUGCUUGCGAAGCUACAAUAUUGUCUUGUCCUUGUACUUUGUUUGAUUAAACACGAUAAUGUUUCCAGUUUUUUUUUUCAAUUUGUUUCACUUAUAAUCCAAAGUUUAGAUUUUAGGAUCGCUUAUCAGAUAUACAAGUGUCUAGUUACAAUUUACUAGGAAUAUUGUUCGAAUUCGGGAAAUUUCUACAGAUCUGAAAAUAAAUGAUACCUCUUUUGGUGUUCAAAACAUUUUACCAAGACAUUUAAAAUAGCAACAGCUUUAAAGCAAAGUUGAUCUAAUCCCAAAAUAAAUGACAAUAAGAUUUUUGUCACCUUCUGUGCCUGUAAUCCAGUGUAAAGAAAAAUCAAUUAUAAAAGCGGCUAAUGUAGUGAUCAUAAACUGAAAUGAAUAAAAUAAAUUGAAUACAAAUGCAAA